AUGGCUACCGAAACCAUCACACAGGCUGUUUCUAGCCUUACUCUUCGUGGCGCAUCACCCAACUCUAACCAGGCGUCCGGCCAAGAGAACCAGACUGAGGCCCCGUACCGCUAUGCGCAUCUGUUGCCUCACUUCUCGCCCGCCACCUACCCUCCUCUUGAACCGUUCGAGCAUCAGGAUCCGGGUCACCGCGCACUGAACCACCCUAACCCGCGCUCAUUCCUCGACGGAGCCGAAUCUGUGGUUGAGUUGACCCCUCGCCUGGGUCUCGAGGUGCGCGGCGUGAGUCUCGCUGCCCUGGACUCCAAUGGUCGGGACCAGCUCGCACUCGAGGUUGCCCGCCGUGGUUUGGUCGUCUUCCGCGGUCAACAGGACUUCAUCGACGCCGGCCCUGAAGCAUACCUUGAAUGGGGUCGGUACUUCGGAAGGCCGCAUAUACAUCCGACAUCUGGCCAUCCAGAGAACUACCCGGAACUGCACUUGGUCUACAAGGACGCCAACGCCACCUUCAACUUUGAGCGCGACGACAGCAUCAGUAGCACUCUGUGGCACUCGGACGUGUCAUACGAGCUUCAGCCGCCCGGUCUCACGACCUUCUUCCUCCUCUCGCAACCUUCGACGGGCGGCGACACGCUCUUUACAUCGCAGGUAGCUGCCCUGAAGAGGCUUUCGCCCCAGUUUGUCGCUUUCCUGCGCACUCUUAAGGCCGUCCACUCUGGUGUCGAGCAGGCUAACUUCUCGCGGGCCGGAAAGCGCGGCGGUGUUGUGCGCCGCGAGCCUGUUGAGAACGUUCACCCAGUCGUUCGUCGUCACCCCGUAACGGGCGACGAGGCGCUCUACGUCAACCGUCAGUUCACAAGGCGCAUCGUAGGCCUCAAGAAGGAAGAGAGCGAUGCUAUCCUCAACUUGCUGUACGACCACAUCGACAGAAGCGGUGAUAACCAGACCCGUCUCAAGUGGGAGCCGUACACCGUGGCAGUCUGGGACAACCGGGUAACAGCACACUCUGCCAUCGUCGACUACGGCGAGUCGAAGGAGCGUCGCCACGGCGCCCGUAUUGCCCCACAGGCAGAGCGCCCCAUUCCUGCCCAGGAUGGUCUGGAGCUGUGA